UCAUUGGGAGGUAUUAGCAGAGAGAGAUUUUAGCUGUGAUAUCUCACUCUUGAGCUCAGUUUGAGAGUGAUUUUGAUCAAUAGGCACCAUUCCAAUUUGUUUUGAGAUUUCUUGCUUUAUUUCGGAAUGGGAUGGAGUGUGUGGGUGGGUUUUGUGUGUUUCCUCCUUGCACGAGCAAGUUCGCAAUACCAGAAGGUUUAUAUAGUGAAAAAUUAUAUAGUCACACAUGCGGAACAAGGGGACAUUGGUCACACACAAAAAACCUAGAUAAGUACAUAUAGUUAUUAACAAUGUAAAAGUGCCCAUUUAUGGGAUCGCUUGAACAAUUAUACUACAAUUAUUGGGUGGUGUGUUGGGCACAAGAAAAACGUCGAUUUCCAAUCAAAAUUCCUUGCGUCACCUUAUAGUGGACUAGUGCACAAUGUUGCGACAAAGAUAUCCAAUAUCAUGGUGAUGUGAGAUACCUUUUUUCCCCCCAAUACCUUCAACACAUGUCCAGCAUUACCAGAAGUUUUUUGCUCUCAAUCUUAUAGCACUCUUCUAAAUCUCAAGCAAUAGGUGCUUAUGGGUAAAGUGUAUCGGUGAGCACGACUUUUGUGCCUAUUAUAUAAAGUAAUUAAAAUUCUUGAAAUUGCUCGUAAUUACAACAAUAUAAACGCGGAAUAUGUGGUUCAAGUUUGGGGGAAUUGUGAGCUGCUAAACUUCCUCCUGCCUCCAUGUCUCAUGCACUCUCGCAUGAGGUGGAGGUGUAUAUGCAGUCUCACCUCUCCUCCCAAUUGACUGGUGUGAUGGGGAAAGCAAGGUCAUGGGUUUUGGCUGGUGGUGCCGGCAACAUGAUCAAUACAUAUACACAUCGCGAUGAAACCGCGAGAGUCUCCACCUGAAGAAAAGACUUCAGGUGCCCCCUCCUUGGAGCGAGACAGAGAGCACUUGGUGCGAGGAAGUGAGCAAUUGUAGUGGAGAUCGUGAUCAACUUUGGGUAUAUAAUGCUGGCCAGCCCGAUGGUUCGGUACAGUUCACUAACAGUCCUAGACUCCAACGAAUCUAGGAGGUUACCAAGAGCAGUUUUUUUUGUCUCAAGCGGACCGAGGAAUCACACAAAAUCAUCAUGAAGGCAUUUAUUGUGGCAGCUCUCUUCGUUGUGGCGUGCACAGCCACCCCAUAUGCUGGUCUGUCCUCCCAGUACCACAGUCAGGAUGGCCAUGGCAACUAUGCCUACGGCUAUGCCGACCCCAACUCCCAGAAACAUGAGGAAUCCUCCCACGGUUUCACCCGCGGUGCCUACAGCUACGUCGAUGGACACGGACUCCUCCAGUCUGUCCACUACACCGCCGAUCCUCACAAUGGUUUCCAAGUGUCUGCCACCAACUUGCCAAAGGGACCAGCACCAGCUGUCGUUGCUGCUCCAGCCCUCUACCACGCCCACGCUCCUCUGGUCUACGCUGGCCCAUGGGCUCAUGCCGGACUCGGCUAUCAGGGUGGUCCUCUCGAGACCCCUGAGGUUCAGCAUGCCAAGCUCAACCACUUCGCCGCCCACGCCGCUGCCCGCCAUGGACUCCAUCAUCUCUACAAGCGUUCUGCCGCCUGGGGAGGUUACCACGUUCCCGUGAUCCACAACGGAGUCCCCGUUGAUACCCCCGAAGUGCAGCACGCCAAGGCCGCCCAUGCUGCCGCUCACGCCAAGGCUGGAGGACACCACUAUGCUGCCUACGCUCCCGUCCACCACGGAUAUGCUCCUCUGGCUCCCAAUGGCGUUGUCCUGGACACACCCGAAAUCGCCGCUGCCAAGUCUGCCCACUUUGCCGCCCAUGCCGCUGCCCGUGGACAUGGCUACGCCCCCGCUCACUAUGCCGUCGCUCCCGUCCACCACCAUGCCGGACCCGUUGACACACCCGAAGUCGCCCACGCUAAGGCUGCUCACUUCGCCGCUGUUGCUGAGGCUCAGAGCAAGGCCGGAUACAGCCACGAUGACGGACAGUACGACGGACGUUGGGACGAUGGACACUAUGAUGGUCGCUGGGACGGAGCUCACGGUGCCUGGACGCACGCUGCCGCUGCCCACCAUGUGCCCGUGAUCCACAAUGGUGUCCCUGUUGAGACCCCUGAGGUACAGCACGCCAAGGCGGCGCAUGCCGCUGCGCACGCUGAAGCCGCCUCCCGCGCCUACCAUCACUAUUGAGGCGUCCGCAGCGAUCCUCACCACUGCUGAGCUGUCGGACGAAGAGUUUCCACCCAAACCAUGGAAAGCUUCUCCACCAAAAAAGAUUAAAUUACGAGAUGAAAGAAAACCAAUUUGAAUAAAACUGCCGAAUUUUACCAUCUUUUCGAAGAAAUCACAACUUUUCAUUGACGCUCUCCAAAUGACGACCCUUUGCUCUUGCUCUUGAUCACCUAUCACUCGUCCAUCUUUACCAUCUUCCACACUACAUUUUCUCAUAACUCAUCUAGUGAUACACCUCCUGCAUUUUCCCAUAUGGAUCCAUCAGAAAAUGCAGGACGGUUCUCAAUUGAGGAACUCCUCGGUAUAGUAUUGUUAUAAUGACAAAAUACUUGUAUAUUAAAAUCAAUUCAGUACCUUAUGCACUGGCCAUGAGGAAGCCGAAGACAUAAAAGAUCCAUUAAAAGAUUAUUCCUAUGAAAUAAAGAGAAGAAACUCAAGCUG